GUACCCUCGAGCAAGCCGCCUCGCCCCCGCGGGAGAAGCCGGCGGGCCUACCCAUUGUGGCGGCCGGAGGGCCUGAGCGCCGGAGCCGGGGGACCCGGCGGCCGGGGGCGCCAGCCCCUCAUGUUCCGCGGAAGGCACAAAUGUGAUGUCAUGCCCAUUGUUUUGGUGCGCCCGACCAAUCGGACUCUGCGCCUGGAUUCUACCGGAGCCGGCAUGGGCCCUUCCUCGCACCAGCAGCAGGAGUCCCCGCUCCCGACCAUAACGCAUUGCGCAGGGUGCACCACCGCCUGGUCUCCCUGCAGCUUUAACAGCCCUGACAUGGAAACCCCAUUGCAGUUCCAGCGCGGCUUCUUCUCGGAGCAGCCGCCGCCGCCGCCGCGCUCCUCACACCUGCAUUGCCAGCAGCAGCAACAGAGCCAGGACAAGCCGUGCCCGCCCUUCGCGUCCCUCCCGCACCCUCAGCACCACCCGCACCUCGCGCACCAGCAGCCGGGCAGCGGCGGCAGCAGCCCAUGCCUCCGGUGCAACAGCUGCGCCUCCUCCGGUGCCCCGGCGGCGGGGGCGGGGGCGGGGGAUAACCUGUCCCUGCUGCUCCGCACCUCCUCGCCCGGCGGCGCCUUCCGGACCCGCACCUCCUCGCCGCUGUCGGGCUCGUCGUGCUGCUGCUGCUGCUCGUCGCGCCGGGGCAGCCAGCUCAAUGUGAGCGAGCUGACGCCGUCCAGCCAUGCCAGUGCGCUCCGGCAGCAGUACACGCAGCAGCCGGCGUCCGCCUCCCAGUACCACCAGUGCCACAGCCUGCAGCCCGCCGCCAGCCCCACGGGCAGCCUCGGCAGUCUGGGCUCGGGGCCCCCGCUCUCGCACCACCACCACCACCCGCACCCGGCGCACCACCAGCACCACCAGCCCCAGGCGCGCCGCGAGAGCAACCCCUUCACCGAAAUAGCCAUGAGCAGCUGCAGGUACAACGGGGGCGUCAUGCGGCCGCUCAGCAACUUGAGCGCGUCCCGCCGGAAUCUGCACGAGAUGGACUCGGAGGCGCAGCCCUUGCAGCCCCCCGCGCCCGUCGGAGGAGGCGGCUGCGCGUCCUCGCCGUCUGCAGCCGCCGCCGCCGCCGCUUCGUCCUCAGCCCCGGAGAUCGUGGUGUCUAAGCCGGAGCACAACAACUCCAAUAACCUGGCGCUCUACGGAGCCGGCGGCAGCGGCAGCGCUGGAGGCGGCGGCGGCGGUGGCGGCGGCGGCGGCAGCGGGCAUGGCAGCGGCAGUGGCACCAAGUCCAGCAAAAAGAAGAACCAGAAUAUCGGCUACAAGCUGGGCCACCGGCGCGCCCUUUUCGAGAAGCGCAAGCGGCUCAGCGACUACGCGCUCAUCUUCGGCAUGUUCGGCAUCGUGGUCAUGGUCAUCGAGACCGAGUUGUCGUGGGGCGCCUAUGACAAGGCGUCACUGUAUUCCUUAGCUCUGAAAUGCCUUAUCAGUCUCUCCACAAUCAUCCUGCUCGGGCUGAUCAUCGUGUACCACGCCAGGGAAAUACAGUUGUUCAUGGUGGACAAUGGAGCAGAUGACUGGAGAAUAGCCAUGACUUAUGAGCGUAUUUUCUUCAUCUGCUUGGAAAUACUGGUGUGUGCUAUUCAUCCCAUACCUGGGAAUUAUACGUUCACAUGGACGGCCCGGCUUGCCUUCUCCUAUGCCCCAUCCACAACCACCGCUGAUGUGGACAUUAUUUUAUCUAUACCAAUGUUCUUAAGACUCUAUCUGAUUGCCAGAGUCAUGCUUUUACAUAGCAAACUUUUCACUGAUGCCUCCUCCAGAAGCAUUGGAGCACUUAAUAAGAUAAACUUCAAUACACGUUUUGUUAUGAAGACUUUAAUGACUAUCUGUCCAGGAACUGUACUCUUGGUUUUUAGUAUCUCCUUAUGGAUAAUUGCCGCAUGGACUGUCCGAGCGUGUGAAAGGUACCAUGAUCAACAGGAUGUUACGAGCAACUUCCUCGGAGCGAUGUGGUUGAUAUCAAUAACUUUUCUCUCCAUUGGUUAUGGGGACAUGGUACCUAACACAUACUGUGGGAAAGGAGUCUGUUUGCUCACUGGAAUCAUGGGUGCUGGUUGCACAGCCCUGGUGGUAGCUGUCGUGGCAAGGAAGCUAGAACUUACCAAAGCAGAAAAACACGUGCACAAUUUCAUGAUGGAUACUCAGCUGACUAAAAGGGUGAAAAACGCAGCUGCCAAUGUACUCAGGGAAACAUGGCUAAUUUAUAAAAAUACAAAGCUAGUAAAAAAGAUAGAUCAUGCAAAAGUAAGAAAACAUCAACGAAAAUUCUUGCAAGCUAUUCAUCAAGCCCGGAAAUUAAGAAGUGUAAAAAUGGAGCAGAGGAAGCUGAAUGACCAAGCCAAUACCUUGGUGGACCUGGCAAAGACCCAGAACAUCAUGUAUGACAUGAUUUCUGACCUAAAUGAGCGGAGCGAAGACUUUGAGAAGAGGAUUGUUACCGUGGAAACAAAGCUAGAGACUUUGAUUGGCAGCAUCCACGCUCUCCCAGGGCUCAUCAGCCAGACCAUCCGGCAGCAGCAGAGAGAGGUCAUGGAGGCUCAGAUGGAGAACUACGAGAAGCACGUCCCCUACAACGCUGAGCGGUCCCGGUCCUCGUCCAGGAGACGGCGGUCCUCCUCCACGGCGCCACCAACUUCAUCAGAGAGUAGCUAGAAGAGAAUCAGUUAACCACAAAAUAAGACUUUUUGCCAUCAUAUGGUCAAUAUUUUAGCUUUUAUUGUAAAGCCCCUAUGGUUCUAAUCAGCGUUAUCCGGGUUCUGAUGUCAGAAUCCUGGGAACCUGACACUAAGUUUUAGGCCAAAAUGAGUGAAAACUCUUUUUUCUUUUCCUUUCAGAUGCACAAGGAAUGCACCUCUUAUUGCUAUAUAGAUUGUUCCUCCUGUAAUUUCACUAACUUUUUAUUCAUGCACUUCAAACUUUACUACUACAUUAUAUGAUAUAUAAUAAAAAGAAAAGUUAAUUUCUGCA